CUGUAAGAAAAUAUGUUCAAAUUCCCACUGGCUGACUUAUAAAGAGGCUUUUGGAAUACAACCCAAUGUAUGAAGUAUUCCUUAAGCCCUGACAACUACCCUGAAGAUGGAAUUAUGAAUAUGGCAACUUUUCUACGGGGCUUUGAAGAUAAGGGAAUAAAGAACGACAGACCUGAGGACCAGCUGAGUAAAGAGAAAAAGAAAAUUCUGUUCUCCUUCUGUGAGGUGUGCAACAUCCAGCUAAACUCUGCAGCCCAGGCCCAAGUCCAUUACAAUGGCAAAUCUCACCGCAAACGAGUCAAGCAGCUGAGUGAUGGACAGCCUCCGCCCCCAGCCCAGGGCUCCGGGCCACCGCUGGCCAGCUCCAGCACUUACACCAGCACAGAUAAUCAGGGCUGGAGCCAAGUCUCCGUAGCCCCGUGCAUUACACUGGUCACAUCCUGGAAGUUUUGUUUAUCCAACUUGGUUGCUUUUGAAGCCGGUGAAAGCCCUGCCAGGAUGUGGAGUGGACUUCCUAGCAGAGGCAGUACAUGCCACUCUACUACCCUUCCUGCUCUUGUGCGCACACCUACCCUGAUGAUGCAGCCUUCACUGGAUAUCAAACCAUUUAUGUCUUUUCCAGUAGACAGUAAUUCUGCUGCUGUUGGGCUGUUUCCAAAUUUUAACACAAUGGAUCCUGUGCAAAAAGCAGUCAUUAACCACACAUUUGGAGUGUCCAUUCCCCCAAAGAAGAAACAAGUUAUUUCUUGUAAUGUCUGUCAGCUUCGCUUUAACUCGGAUAGCCAGGCCGAGGCCCACUACAAAGGAAGUAAACAUGCCAAGAAGGUCAAAGCACUAGAGGCAACGAAAAAUAAACCCAAAAUGGUUUCUUCCAAGGACAGCGCAAAGGCUAAUCCCAGCUGCUCCAUCACUCCAAUCACAGGCAACAACUCUGACAAAUCAGAAGACAAAGGGAAGUUGAAAGUCAGCAGUUCCAGUCAGGCAUCCAGCUCUGAAGGUGGCUCAUUUCUCCUCAAACCUGGUACAACACCCCUACCACCUGGAGCAGCCACUUCUCCCUCCAAGAGCACAAACGGAGCUCCUGGUACUGUUGCUUCUGAAUCAGAAGAAGAAAAAGCCAAAAAAUUACUUUAUUGUUCACUAUGCAAAGUGGCUGUGAACUCCCUGUCACAGCUAGAGGCACACAACACAGGAUCUAAACACAAGACCAUGGUUGAAGCUCGUAAUGGGGCUGGUCCAAUUAAGUCCUAUCCUAGACCUGGAUCAAGAUUAAAGAUGCAGAAUGGCAGUAAGGGGUCAGGACUACAGAACAAGACAUUUCAUUGUGAAAUCUGUGAUGUUCACGUUAAUUCAGAAAUUCAGCUCAAACAGCACAUUUCUAGCAGAAGGCAUAAGGAUCGAGUUGCAGGGAAACCACUGAAGCCGAAGUACUGCCCUUACAAUAAACUCCAGCGGAGCCCAAGCAUUUUAGCAGCAAAACUUGCAUUCCAGAAGGAUAUGAUGAAGCCUUUGGCCCCGGCCUUCCUGUCCUCGCCCCUGGCAGCGGCCGCAGCGGUGUCCUCCGCGCUGUCACUGCCACCCCGGCCGUCGGCUUCGCUCUUCCAGGCUCCGGCCAUCCCUCCGGCUCUGCUGAGGCCCGGCCACGGCCCCAUCCGCGCCACUCCCGCCUCCAUCCUGUUCGCCCCGUACUAA